AUGGGGUUAAGCGGCAAAGAUGCACUUAAACUUUUUAGUAGGCAUGCCUUCAACGAGGACUCUCCUCCAGAUGACUACGGCACUCUUUCAAAGGGCAUUGUCUAUACUACAAAUGGACUACCUUUAGCUCUUCAAGCAAUAGGUUCAUCCCUCUUUUAUAAGAAAAACAAAGAAAUAUGGAAAGAGUGGCUAGAGAAGCUAAAGAAAACACCUCAUAAGGAUGUCUUGGCAAAGCUAAGGAUUAGCUAUGAUGCCUUAGAGUGGUAUGAACAACAAAUAUUCCUCGAUAUUGCAUGCUUUUUCAUUGGUGAGAAUAAGACUAAUCCAAUGUACAUGUGGAAAGAUUGUAUGUUUUACCCAGUGGGUGCCAUCGAGGUCCUUAUUAACAAAUGCAUGAUAAAGGAGUUAGACGAUAAUAGUCUUUGGAUGCACGAUCAGUUUAGAGAUCUUGGAAGGAAAAUUGCCAAAGAAGAGGGAACCCGAUUGUGGGAUAAAGAUGACAUCAUUCACAAAUUAAAAUCAACAGAGACCAAGGGAAGCGUUGAAGCACUUCGUAUGAAACCAAGGGGUUCGUCGAAAGAUCCUAUAAUUGUCACUUCAGAGCAAAUUAAGCGAUUCCCGGAUAUAAGGUUUCUUUCGUUGUGUGAGGUAAACUGCCAAGGUGACUUUACGAGCUGUCUUUCGAAGUUGAAAUGGAUCAGUUUGGAGAACAAAUAUUCUAUUCCUCCUGGGCCUGCCGCCGCCCAUCGUCAACGGCUUGAGGCAACUAAUUCGUGGCAUCUAGAAAACGUGGUUGUGUUAAAUCUUUCUGGGGUUGAUAUCACAGAAGAUGUGUUCCAGAGCCUAAUCAAGGAGGCACGGAAAUUGAAGGUUCUCACUCUUUGUUAUAAUACGCUGAUACAUGGGAAACCAACUUUUCCCCGGAACUCAAGUUUAGAGAAGUUGACGAUUUCCAAUUUUCUUUCCUUGAAGGAAAUUGAUCGCUCUAUUGGGAAACUGACGAAGCUCACUGACUUGAGUUUUGAGUUAUGUGUCGAAAUUGAAAAAUUGCCUGAACAAAUUGGAGAAUUACAGGAACUGCAGCACCUCUCUCUUAGGAGUUGUGAUAGCUUGAGGGAACUCCCCGACUCGGUUUUGAAAUUAACGUCGUUAAUGAAGCUGGAUGUAUGGGGCACGAGAAUUACAAGGUUACCAGAUUCCAUUGAUAGACUAUCAAGCCUGUCAUCUAUCAAUGCAUCAUUCACAUCGAUUGAAAAACUGCCCAGUACAAUGAGCAAGCUUCUUUGCCUCCAAACACUGCAUUUGAAUAAUUGCAAUCAGAUACAAGAGCUGCCGGAGCUCCCUAGAAGUUUGACCACUCUACGGUUGACAUCUACUUCGUUGGUGACUGUCCCUAACCUCUCAUACCUUACUAAUCUAGUUGAACUGACCUUGUCCGAUGGCUCUGAAUCUGUUGCCGAAUCAGAUAUAAUUCAAACUUGCGACUUGCAGUGGAUUGGGAGUUUAUCCAGACUGAGCAAGCUGCAAUUUUGCUUUUCAAAUGUCUGCGUUUCGACUAUGGAGUUGGGUUCCCUUUCUCAGCUGAAAGAACUUAUUCUACAUGGACUAGAUGUGCCAGCUUUCAAACGACUUCCAUCAUCAGAGUUGAUGGUUCUAGAGCUCUACGACACUCGAGGGAAACAAAUACGGCUUCCUCCAUCGGAAAAGGAGACUGCAACCGUUGCAUCAAGCUCGAGAAAAUCGGAAAACAGCAAGGUGUCACGGCAAAUUGAAAUUAUUUUCAUGGAGGGCCAUAAAUCAUCGGGUGGGUCAGUUCAUCUGCGGGAGGAGCCGGGGUGCAAUGAGCUACAAGCUCCUGAGUUGAUUGAUCAUUGGAGGGGAGACUUCCAUUUCCCAAGCUCCAUAAAUACGCUUCGAAAACUCGUUCUGUGGGGGUGCCCAGGGGUAGAAGAUAUUCAAUUUGUUCCUACGCUGUUGUUAAUAUUGUCUGUUGGAGGGUGCACUUCAUUAAAAAGAUUAGGCGGUUUGUCAAACUUGAAGUACCUGACGGAGUUGACUCUUAACCGGUGCUGGAACCUGCAGGUUGUCGAGGGCAUUGACGAGUUAAAGUUUUUGCAUCAGUUGACAAUUGAUCGGUGCGGAACAGUGGAGAGGAUUCUUGACCCAUCGAGCUCAAAAAUACCAGAUAAGUGCUCAAUAAGCAUAAAACGUAGUGGGAAGUUACCUGACUGUGGUCGAACUCACAACUCUUGGGGGUCUUACAAAAAGAUUCUGAAUGGAACUGAAAUUGAAAGGGCAGACUCUGAAACAGAAACAAUGCAUACAGAAACAGAGGGUUUUUAUAUAACAGUGCGGGGGAACUUUAUAUUUAGAUUCGAUAAAUCUGAAACAGAAACAGGGGAUGCUCCGGUACACCUCUCUGCUAUUGUUACAGUACCGGACAUGAACUCUAUAAUUGAAAGAGCGGACUCUGAAACAGAAUCAGAAUCAGAAUCAGAAACAGAAACAGAGGAAAGGGUGCGCCUUCUUUCUAUUCAUAGAUCAUCGCUGUUUCUUCUGCUUUACUUGCUUUCUAUUUCUGCUUUAUUAAAAUUCCCGAUUUACUGGGAAUCUCCAUAUGCUGUCUGCGUGUUCACCAUCUAUAACGAAAGGGCCUUUCUUAAGAGAAAUUUUUAA